AUGCCCGUUUCCCCGCUCCCCGUCCCCAACUCCACGACCUCCUUCUGGAGGUCAUCCCCGCACCCUCUAGACGAUCACCGGUCUACCCCAGAGCUGCCAGCCGAAGUUGACAUUGCAGUCAUUGGUGCAGGCUAUGCAGGUGUUGCUACGGUAUACCACAUCCUCGACCAGUGCAAGGCGCGUGGUGUUGCGCCGCCAAAGAUUUUGAUCCUUGAGGCCCGACAGGCAUGUUCCGGGGCAACUGGACGCAAUGGCGGCCAUCUGAAGCCGGAUCCGUACAAUCGUCCCGCAAGUUUCGUUUCCACACAUGGCAUCGAGACUGCGAAGGAAUGUGCGGAGUUCGAGGCCAAGAACCUCAUGGAAGUGAAGAAGACCAUUGAAGCCGAAGGCAUUGACUGUGACUUUGUAUUGACUAGGGCAGUCGAUGCCUUGAUGUCAGAGAGUAUCCGCGAUAAGAUGAAGGCAAACGUUGAGUUGCUUAGGAAAGCUGGCGUUUCCGUAAUGAAGGACGUGUACUACGCCGACGGCGCCGAAGCGGAGCAACUAUCAGGUGUUAAGGGAGUAAAGGGAUGCCUAUCAUAUACCGCCGGUACCGUCUGGCCAUACAAACUAAUCCUGGCCCUCCUCUCAAAGGCCCUCGACGCCGGCGUCAACUUGCAGACCCACACGCCCGUCGAGGCGGUGACCGGCACCCCCGACGCGGACGGCUACCUGACGCUGACCACGGGGCGGGGCGCCGUCCGUGCCGCAAAGAUCGUGUACGCGACAAACGGCUACACGUCGUCCAUCCUGCCCGAGUUCGCCGACAAGAUUGUCCCCGUCCGCGGCAUCUGCAGCCACAUCACGCCCGGCAAGACGCCUGUGCCAUUGCUGCCUCACUCGGUCAUCAUCCGGUGGUCCGACACGGAGUAUGAGUAUCUGAUUCCCCGACUCGACGGAAGCAUCGUCGUCGGCGGUGCGCGGUCCUCGUAUUAUCAUGAUUUAUCGGCGUGGUAUAACAAGGUCAACGAUGACGAGUUGAUUGAGGCGGCGAAGACGCAUUUUGAUGGAUAUAUGCAGCGUGUGUUCCGCGGAUGGGAAGACAGCGGCGCGACUACGUCAAAGGUGUGGACCGGAAUCAUGGGAUACUCAUCAGACGGGUUGCCGCACGUCGGCGUCGUUCCCGGAAAAGAGAAACAAUUCAUCAUUGCCGGGUUCAACGGCCAUGGCAUGCCGCAGAUCUUCCUCUCGGCUAAGGGAGUAGCAUCGAUGAUUAUGGAGCAGUCCGAGUUCAAGACUACGGGUAUCCCCAAAGUCUACCAGGCUUCUCAAGCGAGAUUGGACAGUUCCAGGAAUUCCAUUCUUGAGAGUUGGAAGUCGGUCAAUCAGCCGCCGGCAAAACUGUAG